AACGCUGCUUUAACGUCACUUCCGGUCACUCCUCCUGUCUCAGUGAUCUUACUGGGGUCAGACCGGUCACGGUCAGAUAAUGAUCUCACUCUGUGGCGGCCAAAGAGGAGUCUUCGUAGAGAUGACCUGAAGACGCGGGCCACAAAGUUGGAUGUUCCAGAUGGAUACGAACCACUAUUUGGGCCUGGACUUGAGCACGCAGCAGCUGAAGGCGGUCGUGGUGGACGAUGCCCUGAAAGUCGUCUGCGAGGCAACCGUCCAGUUUGACAAUGAUCUCCCGGAGUACCGCACACAGAAUGGAGUGAACAGGCAGAAAGACCGUCUGACCGUGACGGCACCUCCUGUAAUGUGGGCGAAAGCCCUCGAUAUGCUCCUGGAACGACUAAAAGUUGCAGGACUCGACUUGGCCAGUAUCACUUCGGUUUCGGGCAGCGCCCAGCAACACGCCAGUGUGUACUGGAAAAAAGGAGCGUCUCAACUAGUUUCAAACUUGGACCACGGAAAGUUUCUGCACGAACAACUUGAGUGUGCGUUCAGUAUACGUGAUUCGCCGGUCUGGAUGGAUUCCAGCACCGAAACUCAAUGUCGAGCGCUCCAAGAUUCUCUCGGUGGAGCGCAAAAACUGGCAGACAUCACUGGCUCCCGUGCGUUUGAGCGAUUCACGGGCAACCAGAUCGCCAAAUUGGUUCAGACAAAACCUGAGGCUUACCAAGCUACUGAACGGAUAUCCCUCGCGAGUAGUUUCUUAGCUACGAUAUUCUUGGGUCAGUACGCUGCCAUCGAUUACAGCGAUGCGUCAGGGAUGAAUCUAUUAGAUAUCGCGAGUAAACAGUGGCACCAAAAGUGCUUGUCGGCAUGCGCACCCGGAUUAGAAGAACGACUCGGAGAACCUGUAGAAUCGGGCUGUGUGUUGGGGACAAUAUCCAGUUAUUUCGUACAUAGAUACGGCUUUCCCGCAGAUUGUGCUGUGGUGGCAUUCACCGGCGAUAAUCCUGCUUCACUCGUCGGUAUGACGCUGUCAGAGGGUGACAUUGUAGUCAGUCUCGGGACGAGCGAUACGGUUUUGAUGUGGUUAAACGAAGCCAACCCGUCGUUGGAGGGUCACAUUAUGGUGAAUCCAGUCAAUCCGUCCGCCUUCAUGGGCAUGCUGUGCUUCAAAAAUGGAUCUCUAACGCGGGAACGAAUCAAAGAUGACUGUGCCGAUGGCUCCUGGGACAUAUUCUCCCAGAUCUUAGACAGUACCCCUAGAGGCAACUUUGGAAACAUUGGUAUGUUCUACGACCACAAAGAAAUUCUCCCUCCCUUGAUUGGCGAUUUCAAGUUUAACAAGGACGGGGACAGAGUGUCCAAGUUUUCUCAGGAAGUGAAAGUCCGCGCAGUCAUUGAGGGUCAGUUCCUAGCAAAACGGGUUCAUGCGGAACGACUCGGAUUCAAACGAAGCGGGAAAGUUCUGGUCACGGGUGGAGCUUCGAGAAACACUGCUAUCGUACAGGUUCUUUCGGACGUUUUUGGAGCGCGUGUCUACGUAAAUGAGGAAGCUUCGGCAAAUGCGGCUUGUCUCGGAGCAGCUUUCAUGGCAACGUAUGGAAAGAAAAGGAAAACUGAUCCGCAGAUAACGUUUGAAGAGAUGGUGCAGGGCCGUAGACAGGCGAUGAGAGAAGUCGCUAAACCGAGCGCCGACGCGGAAGCAAUUUAUGGGCCAAUGGCAGAGAGGUAUUGGAUUAUAGAAAAAGGACUUAGAUGUGAACAGGGUGACACGUGCAGAUAAGCGUCUCUCUGGAAACCACACGAGUCUCCGUUUUCUCCACCAAACGGUGACCAGUUAAUAGGACAGUGGAGGACAUUUUAUGGUCUGAAGAAAACAAUAUCUUUAUCGUCGAUAUGCAUUAACCGAACCUCUUUCCGCAGACAAAAUAUGUGGCACAUAACUAGAUCAUCAGACAAAUGCCUUAGCUAGGCAAUUUGCACACUUCUGGUACAUUCCACACAACAAUCGUUCAUUUGCAUUCCAACAGGGCUGCUCUUCAAGUGCUAUUGUCUGACACUGCAUGACAUAUGCGAGCUUAUAUUUAUGAACAAGUUUAUUCGUGCGUGCGAUCUAGCUUUAAUAUUGCUUAUAUUUGCCUUUCUUUCACUAAUUACAGUCUUAUUACCGGCUGUCUCACAAGGAAGUUGUAUGACAAACAUGCACAAAUGUACUUUCCUGCAUUUGGACAUAUCUGCGCAAAGGAAAAAAAAAGCAGUAUUUGCAACUUGCAUAUGCAUUGACACGGCAACAAGUACGAGGUGCGCUGAAAAGUUCUCAGCCCGACAAGCAAGAACAUUGUAAACCUUUAUUAUAGAUCGACAUGUUCACCUCCAAGUUUGACACACUCGUUCCCGAAGCUUCUUUAAUCCUCGAAAAAGUAAAUCUGACAUCUGCUUUCCGAAAUAUGCUUUGGCUGCUACUAUCACCUCUAAGAAUCUCUUUCCGUUCGUUUUUUUUCUGUGCUUCGGAAACAAAAAAAAAAAUAGUCAGACGGGGCAAAGUCCAGCGAGUACGGCGGAAUUUCGAUGAAAUCAAAUAGCAGGUACUUCAGAACCUGCACUGUCUUGCCUGCUUUGUGAGCAAGUGCAUGGCCCCCUCAAAAGGAGAACGCAUUUCCAUAGCUUAUGCCAUUUUUUUUCUUUCAAUGCCACCUUUAACUGGCAGAGGAAACUACAGUACUGUGCUGCAUUAACUGCGGCCAUGGCUUUUCCCACUGAUCGUUGAGUAUCUGAGAACCCAAGUGUUGCCGUUCCAUGGACUGUUGUUUUCCCUCAGGAUCAUAGUGAUGGCAACCAUGCUUCACCAACUGUAGCAGGUCACUCAGGGAAAGUGUUACUAGAACACUCAAAAUGCUGCAAAAUCAACUUGUAGGCAUCCAUUCGAUAUUGUUUCUCACCGGCGUUCAUAUGUUGCUCUCCGGGUAUACAUAAUGUAUCCACUGUUGUUUUAGCUUAGAUUCGCCAAUCUCCCAAAAUGAGGUCAUGGACACAAUCAACAAUUUGUGGUGUCGACACCAUUGGAGGUCUCCCAAAUCUUCCAGUGUCUUCCGGGCCAAAAUCUCCACGCUGAAAGUUGGCAUGCCACUUGUUUAGUAUGAUGGGCACUUGUCACUUAAAUGCAUUCAUAGAUUUCCCUUGGAGUUUUCUCCUGCAUAAAUAGGAACUUCAUUACAUCCUGAGAAUUUCAUGCUUGUGGCAAGCACGGCUGUGUUGAUAGCCCGAGCAAAAAUAUAUGCCUACAAUUUCUCUUCUUUGUCGUCAUCGUCUGUAUAUCUGCAAAUGGGUUGGGCCGAGAACUUUUAAGCACGUCCAUGUAGUCUUUCAGAGUAGCCGAUGCUUUCCAUAUCUAUCGUGUGUUUUUUACAAUUGUGGGUUACAGUUGUAGUAUUGUCAUACGACUGUCUACAGAACAUCCAUACUUAUCCAUACUGAUAUUAUCUAUAACUAUACAAAAAACGAACUGUAUUACAUUUUACAUUCCAAUGCACAUGACUUGGUGUUCAAUAUUCCUGUUCAGAUAGAAUCUGAAAUUAAAUGAAAAAGUGCCUUAGAGGAAUGCUGUUCUCUAGAGCAUUUUUAUUUGCUUCGUAUUUUCCGCUAUGCAUGGCACAAAAUAAUGUUCUAACGUUUUUGUAUGAAAGAUUCAAUUUCAAAACAAGCUUUUGUCAUAAGACCCAAGAAUCUUACUUGUAUACUUGAACAUGUUCAAAAUAAUGCAGAUAACUAUACUCAUCUAAGCGAACAUUUUUAUUCGAUGGUGCAUUUUGAGCACAUGGUGUUCUCCAUAUCUUCUAUGGUUAUGAAGCGACCUUUUGACAUUGAUGAUUAUGAUAACGUAUUUACCAUAGUAGUAUAUUUUGAAAAAGAUUACAUACAAUUGUAGACAGCGAUAUUUGUCACGUGAGCAUAUAUUUGGGAGACAGGAUUUUUGCUAUUCCUAUUGGCAGUUACGACAUUGUACUGGUGGAUGUACUUUUUCACUAUGCAGCAUUUGCAAUAAAGUCAUAUACAAUAUUUUA